CAUCCCGGCUCCACUCAAGAAGAGAUUGACAACGAGCCUGACUGGAGCUCAGCCAAGCAUCAUAUUGGCUAUCGCAAUCGCUAUGACCGUGUUCCUGGACUCGUACACAGCGGCGACGAUUCUGAUAGCGAAGACAGUGUAGAGUCUCCGAAGUCUCCCAAGGAGGAUUCUUUCCUCAAGGAAGCUGCGGAAGAGUCCGACGAGCUGCAACAGGAAAUGAAACAGCACAAGCUGAUCAACUUCCGUGAAGCCAAGGAGAAGCAAGAAGCAUGUGCAGAUCUCGUCAAACUAUUAUCCACAUUAGUAUUAACACAAAAUAGNGACUACUACCUCGAAGAGCCGCAAGAGCAUCCCAACGGCUGGCGCUAUAGACUCGACGAAUCCGAGGACUUCAUCAAGAACCAACAGCCUUGGCCCGCUAAUCUGAAACGACAGAAGCAGAAGGCAGAGAAGGAAAAGGAGGAAAAAGAGAAGAAAGAGCAAGAAGAAAAGCAAGAACAAGAGCACGAAUGGAAGGACGGCAGUCUCAACCGUCGUAGACACAACGACGCUUAUGCUUCGAGUGGCGGACAAGACGACUCUAAAUCAGAUGACCAGAAAGGCGACAAGCAAGACGGCAAAACCGACCAAAAAGACUCUCAAGAUGACUCCCAGAAGACCGAUCAAGCAGACUCGGACGGGGACCAGGACUCCAAACCAAGAUCCGAGUACGAAAAGCUCCGAGAAAAGUACAGCGUUCAGGAGAUUGCCCUGCUGAGAAGUCUACAAGAAGAGAGGAAGAUUGUUGAGAACCUCAAGCAAAGCGACGGCAAGAUGAAAUCUCCCUGGGCAGACCUCAAGCCUUCUGAUGUGAUCGAUGAUGCGGACCGCGCCAGCCCCGACAACUGGAUUCCAAGAAACUCAAACAUGAUCCGGCUUACAGGCAAGCACCCCUUGAACUGCGAGUAUCCGCUGUCGGACCUUUUCGAGACCGGCCUGAUUACGCCAAACCGUCUACACUAUGUGCGAAACCAUGGAUCCGUGCCACAUCUGAUCUGGGAAACCCACGAACUGGACAUCGAUAACGGAAAAUGCAAAUUCAGUAUGGACGACCUCGAAACCAAAUUUGAAAGCGUGAACAUCGCAGUCGCAUUGGCUUGUGAUGGCAACAGGCGCAAGGAGCUCAACAUGAUCAAGAGAUCGAAAGGUUUCAACUGGGGUGCUGGAGCCAUCAGUAAUGCGUUCUGGAAAGGUGCUCUUUUGUCCGAUGUCUUGAAAGCUGCUGGAGUUGAUUACCCUACCAAUGGUUCUGGGACCAGAAGAUGGGUCAAUUUCGCAGGCGCCGAUGAGCCUUCUGAGGGUACAUAUGAGACAUGCAUCCCCUAUGAGUACGCGAUGGAUCCUGUCAACGAUGUGCUACUGGCAUACGAGAUGAACGAUGUCAAGUUGCCUCCUGACCAUGGAUAUCCUUUACGAGUCAUCAUCCCUGGAUACGUUGGUGGCAGACAAGUCAAGUGGUUGAGCAAGAUCUGGAUCAGUGAGAAGGAGAAUGACAGUCAUUACCAUAUCUGGGACAAUCGAGUAUUGCCCGCCUUCGUCACUGAGAAGGAUGGAGAGUUUUCCGAAACUCUUUUCCGUCAUCCGGACACAGCAUGCAACGAGCAGAAUCUGAACUCGGUCAUCGCAAAACCAGGCCACGGUGAACGCAUUGCACUUUCAGACGUCAAGAAGGGACACACCUAUCGCAUUGCAGGAUAUGCCUACGAUGGAGGUGGCCACGAAGUACAACGAGUCGAGGUCAGUCUCGACAAUGGUGAGACAUGGCUUUACUGUAUCAGACAGUUCCCAGAAGCACCGGUCAGACAUGGUCAAAAGUACUGGACCUGGAUUCAUUGGUAUAUUGACAUUGAGCUGGGACACUUGCUUCGAGCUCCGAGCGUUCUCGUGCGAUGCUUCAAUGUCUUCAAGAACACCCAACCAGAGCUCGUACUGACGCGAUUUCUUAGUUCNGGCUCGUGGAACGUCAUGGGAAUGAUGAACAACGGCUGGUACAAGGUCAAGCCCGAGAUCGCAGAAGGCAAAGACGGUAACAUCGAAGUCCUCUUCCGCCACCCCGUCGAGCCAGGAACAGGCACAGGUGGAUGGGUAGAACCAAGUGCAGACGAAAAGAUCGCCAGCGCAAAGCAGAGCGCAAGCACUCCUCAAAAACAAUUCACCAGAGAAGAAAUUGAGAAGCACGAUAAGGAAGACGAUUGUUGGAUUGUGGUUGAUGGCAACGUUUACGAUGCAACUUCUGUGCUUGACUGGCAUCCUGGUGGUAAAGCGACUAUUAUGAACCAUGCUGGAAAACUCACGCAGGAGACUUCGGAGAGCUUUGAGUCCAUUCAUGAUGGCUAUGCUUAUAAGAAGCUUGGCGAAUGUAUUCUUGGUACAGUGACAGACAAGGCGAAAGCACACAUGAAGAAGGAAGCAGAAGCGGCAGCGAAAGCGAAGGCAGAAGCCUCGAACAAGAAGACCGACGUCGUGCUCUCCAUGCAGCAAUGGUACCCCGUGACGCUUCUCAAGAAGAAAAAUAUCUCCGAAGAUACCCGUCAAUACACCUUCGGCCUCGGCGACAAGACCAAAAAGCUUGGUCUCGGCACCUGCCAACACCUGCAAAUCGGCUUCCACAUGGCCGACAAGAUGCUCGUCCGCUCCUACACGCCCACCGCCCCCAUCAUCGGAGCGGACACUGAAGAGGGCACUUUCGAUCUGGUGGUCAAGACCUACUUCCCCAACGACCAACAACCCGGCGGUGCGCUAAGCAACAUCCUCGACUGCAUGAAGGCAGGCGAAGAAGUCGAGAUCCGCGGCCCCACCGGCGACAUUAAAUAUCUCGGCAACGGCAAAUUCGAGAUCUUUGACGAAGAACAGCAAUUCGACAACAUCACACUUAUCCUCGGUGGUUCGGGAAUCACGCCCGGAUACCAACUAAUCGCCAGAAUAAUGGCCACGAACAGUGACAAGACAAAGAUCAAAGUCGUGGAUGCCAACAAAGAUGAAAGCUCAAUCCUGCUGCGCGAGGACUUGGAUAAGUUUGCCAAAGACCAUAAGGAUAGCUUUGAGAUACAGCAUAUCUUGAGUCAUCCUUCUGACGAUUGGAAAGGUGAAAAGGGGCAUGUGGAUGAAGACAAGAUCAAGAAGUACAGUUAUGCGCCCGAGAAGGAGAGUGGUAAGAAGAAUGUCGUGUUCUUGUGUGGUCCUCCGGCAAUGAUUCAGAAGGCUGCUAUGCCUGCAUUGACUGAUUGGACUAGCUACAAGUCAGAG